CAACAUGGCACCACACUGAAUGGUUAUACUGAAAGCUAUUGGCAGUCGGUCUGUAGCAUGUCCCUGUUCAACGUGUGCAGCUGGUGGUCAGCGCAGUGUGGCGACACUGUGGGCGACUAUGAUGUGGCCAGCUUGCUGUGUGCGCGCUUCGGACUGGAGGCGCAGGAGAAGGACUACAUCAUUGUGGGCUCACAGUCUGGCACUCUGAGCAUUUACUAUCCGCAUGGCAAUGCAUUUGAGGCCACGGACUUGCUGCUGGAGACGCAGCUUUCGGCGCCCAUACUAGGUUUAUAUGCGGGCAAAUUUAGCGGAAAUGUGCGCAACGAGAAUGUCAAUCAGCUGGGCGUGCUGCUGCCCAAUGCCUUUGUCAUCUACAAUGUGCAGGCGCUGAGUGGAUUGGCCGAGUAUGGCACACAGCUGAAGCUGCAGCAGCUGGCGGAGCACAAGUUUCAGCGUGUCGCCUUCUCCAUGAGCCAGGGCCACUUUGGCCAGGUGAAGGGACGCGAGUUCUUCUGUGUGGUGCAUCUGGAUGGCACGCUCACUUUCUAUGAGCAGGACGGCAUCUCGUAUGAGUGCCGCUUUCCCGGGCAACGCAGCCUGCCCGCUCCGGUGGUCUACUGCGAGCGCACCGAUAGCUUCUUUCGGCUGAGCGCCACCUGGCAUCUGCAGUGCUACAGCUACCAGGACCUGUCGCAUUCGCUGGUCACCAAGAGCAGCUAUCAGCCGAUCUGGUCGCAGUGCAUCGGCGAGGGCAUCCUGGACAUGCGCGUCGUCCAGCUAAAGGAAAGCUGCUCCUACAUCAUGAUACUGGGUGAACGCAAUUUCAUCUGCUUGGAUGACAAUGGGAAAUUCAAUUUUAUAUUGAAGCUCGACUAUGCGCCCAAGUGCUUCUACAGCUUUGUCGUGGGCUACUAUUGGGAGCCUGGCGCACGUCUGCUAACGGCCAUUGUCUCGGACUCCGCCAAGCUGCACAUCUAUGAGGAGGCCAACAUCAUUUGGGCCGCCCAGUGGCAGCAGCCGGCUCCAGUGGCCAUUCAGCGCUCCAAUGUCCAGGGCCUGGCGGGCAGCAUUGUUACCCUGACUGCCACGGGCCAGCUGACGGUGGGCUAUUUGGGCGCACAGCCGUAUCAGUUUCAGGUGCUGCCUCUGAACAUCGAGGAGCUGAGCUUCGCCGAGGCGCACAAGCAGCUGCAGCAGCUAGAGGAUGAGAUCAAGGAGUCGGUGGACAUACGGGAUAUGGACGCGCUUAAUCAGCAGGCCGCGGAUCAGGUGCGUCUCAGCUUCAGCAUACAGCGUGAGGUGUUUGACGACCUGGACACGCUGCUGCUCGAUGUGCCGGCCGAUGUGGCCGUCAAGGAGCUGCCCUCGGCCAAGGGUUUGCUUAAGCUGAAAAUCAAGGCCGAGCUGGCGGAGCUGCAGCUGGUUAUCAAGACACCCAGCGGCGUGCGCUGCAGCCAGGAAACGCUCAGCCUGGUGGACGUGCCAGCGGGCAGCACGCAGGAGCUGCCGCUGGACUUCUACAUGGCCGAGCUGCUGCACGUACACAGCACACGGGUUGAGAUCUUUGCGUCCUUUGUUAGUCCAAGGGGCAUACCGCGUGUGCUGCAGCAGAGCGCUUGUCUGCCUCUGUCCAUGUUCUAUCGCAGCUGCCAGCCUCAGAAGGCGGCGGGCAUUAAGCUGACCUACACCAUCACCAGCAAACAUGUGCCGCCCAAGCUGGCGACCUUCUUCGGCGAGUUCCUGGAGGCGGAUAGCGAGGCUCAGGCACUGGGUCUGCAGCUACUCUGUCCAGGUCUCGACAAAGUAACCGAGGUCAUCACCGUGGUGGCAGCCAAGAACUCCAACCGCUUGAGAAUACAAUCGGACUGUGUGGAAACAUUCGCCAUGAUUCUGGAGCGUAUUGUGGACACCACCCUGCAGCUGGAUAGCGAUGCCAGUUUGCUCAAAAUGCACAAGAAGAAGCCCAAGCGCGGCGUGCUCAAUCGCUGUGUGGAGCGCAUCAUGGCCGCCCCCUUUAUACCCACCCAGCCCAUUCUGCAUCGCGCCGAUGUCCACCACGAGACACAACAGAAUAUACGCAAGCAGACGGCACAAUUGGAGGAGCUAUGGCAACAGUUCAAAACACUACAGCGCCAGCUACAGGAACAAACGGAGAGCGAACCCAAGGAGACUCUCACCAUGCAAAUCGAGGCGAACUACGACCACCUGAUACUGGAGGGAGACAAAUUGGUUGAAAUACGACGGGACGAGCACAGGCAGCGCAGCGACCUCAACUGCGCCGUAGCUUUGGCCAAAUGGAUAAUUCAUGCAUUGAACCUGGAGGAGCGUGUGGUGAACGUUGUCAACUCGGUGCUGAGCUUGCCUGUAGAAGACUGGACUGAAUUGAGCUGGGAGGAAUCUAUGGCGCCUGGCAUUGAUAUGCUGCAUCAUUUUGGACCGCUGAUGCGCUCCAAGUCGACAUCAACGCAUGGCCUGCUCGAUGGCAACACUAGCAACAGGGACAGCUUUGACUACAGCCGCUUUAGGCGUCAUUUUGCGACGCUGUUCGAACGCAUUGUGCGCCUAGCCUCGUCCUCAACGGAUCAGCAGGCGGCGAAGCAGGCGACAGCCACAGAGCAAGCAGCUGAGCAGGUGCAGCCGGCGCAGCAGGUGAACGAGAUGGGAAGCCUGCAGCGCAUGCUGGGUGACAAGAAGUCCACUCUGCCGCGUGCUGGCAAGCCCAAUUUGAGCAGCGCCCUGGAGGCUGUGGAGGAUGAGGAGGAAUACGAUGAGGAGGACUUGCGGGACAUGGGCUAUCGCAAGGACUAUGGCCCUGCUGCAGCUGGCGCCGACGGCAACGAGGGGGAGCAAAAGAAAGGCAAACGCUCCGAGUGGGUCAACGAGGAUUUCGAGCUGCCCACCACCGAGGAGCUGUUCAGCGAUUUGGGCAUUUGGUGGUAAAUGCAAGCUAGGAAAACUCGAUUAGAUGAAAUAUGUGUGAAAUGUGACUAGUUGUGAGCAGUAUUUAGCUUGAACAGAUAAACAGUGAACGCUAUU